UUAGCUCUGCGGGUCCAGAAAAAUGUCGGCAAAAGACUACGCCCAAGCCCAUUCAACCAGAUAGUCGGUUCGGUUUGGGCUCCUGCUCGAUCCGUCUUCGAUACGAGCACGGUCCACAAAGAUAAAGAAUUUCUGGCAAAUGAUCUGAUCUAUCCGAAGACGAGAUUUUCCCCAACUUGUUCCGUGGCAAAAAUUAGGGUUUUGGUUUUUAGCAAUUUCGAAACCCUAGCUGUUUUUGGGGGGUCAAGAUGGACGAUUACCAGGAGAUGGAGAGGUUCGGGACGGACAACGACUUUGAGGACGGCCAGUGGAUCAACGGCGAGUUCUACUGCCGGAAGCGCAAGGAGAAGCGCACGCAGACCAAGGAUGACGUGCUUUACGGUGUCUUCGCCGACUCACCCUCCGACUCCGACGAAGAGUACUCCUCCAAAAAGCGCCGCAAAGAUCGCGAUAUUUACAAGAAGUCGGACCUCACAAAGCCCGUCAGCUUCGUCUCCACCGGCACGGUAAUGCCCACCCAGGAAAUCGACCAAAACUCCAAGCAAGAGAACAAGAAAGACGACGGUUAUGCGAGCGACGAAGGUAACCCCGGGUUAGGGCUCGGAUUCGGCUCAUCUACUUCCGGGUCAGGUAUAGGUUUCAAUUCGAACUCUAACGGAGUUCAAUUGGAGCGGAAUGCAAACGGCAACAUCAACGGCGGCGACGAAAACGACGAUGGCGAGGAAAAAUUUUUGCCGACGGCGUUUGGGAGGAAGAUCAAGGAGGGGGCGAUGAGGAGGGAGAGGGAAAGAGCGGAGAAGACGAGAUUGGAUAAGGGGAAGAGAGUGAAAGAGCAAGGGUUUGUGGGUGAGAGCGAUGUGGGAGUGUUCGAGCAGCACACUAAGGGGAUUGGGAUGAAGUUGCUGGAGAAAAUGGGGUACAAGGGCGGUGGGCUUGGGAAGAAUGCGCAGGGGAUCGUGACGCCAAUCGAGGCGAAGCUGCGGCCGAAGAAUAUGGGCAUGGGGUUCAACGAUUAUAAGGAGGUGGAGAAGAAGUUGCCGCCUGCGCUGAAGGAGUUUGAGGAGGGGAAAAAGAAGGGGAGUGAGAGUGUGGGGAGAGUGAAGGAGAGGCAGUGGGCGAGGAAGAAGAAGAAGAAGGACGAGGACGAGGCGGAUUAUGUGACGGCGGAGGAGUUGCUGGCGAGAAAGGCCGAGCAAGGGCCGAGCGAGGUGGUUCAGAAGGUUUACGAUAUGAGGGGGCCGCAGGUGAGGGUGCUGACCAAUUUGGAGAAUUUGAAUGCAGAGGAGAAGGCUAGGGAGGACAAUGUGCCCAUGCCGGAGCUUCAGCACAAUGUGAAGCUGGUGGUGGAAUUGGGGGAGCUUGAAAUAGAGAGGAUCGAUAGGGACUUGAGGCAAGAGAAGGACGCGAUGGAGAGGUUGAGCAAAAAGAAGGAGAAGUUGGUAGUCGAGGCGGAGAGGCAGAAGAAGCAGUUGGUUAGUAUGGAGGAGAUAUUGGGUGUGUUGGACCGGUUGGGGGAAGAGAAUUCGAUGGGAACAUUGACGUUGGACUCGCUUGCGGAGCGUUUUGGUGACUUGCGGAGGAGAUUUGGUGAGGAUUAUAAGUUGUGUAACUUGUCCUGCAUUGCCUGCUCGUAUGCUCUGCCUUUGUUAAUUAGAGUGUUUCAGGGAUGGGACCCUCUUCAAAAUCCCUUUCAUGGGUUGGAGGUUGUGUCUUUGUGGAAGACUUUGCUGCAGGGUGAAGACAAUAUUAGUAUCUGGGAUACUGAUUCUUCGCCUUAUACCCAAUUGGUUUCGGAAGUUGUGUUACCGGCUGUGAGAAUUUCUGGCAUCAAUACUUGGCAGGCCAGGGACCCGGAACCAAUGCUACGGUUUUUGGAAUCCUGGGAAAAGUUGUUGCCUCAUUCGGUCCUCGAAUAUAUAUUGGAUAACAUUGUGAUGCCGAAAUUGAAUGCUGCUGUGGGCUCUUGGGAGCCGCUACGGGAAACUGUUCCGAUCCAUGUAUGGGUGCAUCCGUGGCUACUGUAUUUGGGACACAAAUUGGAGGGUAUGUAUCAGAUGAUCCGUGUCAAGUUGAGUCAGAUUCUUGGUGCUUGGCACCCAAGUGACGUGUCUGCUUAUACUAUAUUGUCACCAUGGAAGACUGUGUUUGAUUCGGCGAGUUGGGAACAGCUUAUGCGUAGAUUUAUAGUUCCAAAGUUGCAGCUUGUCCUGCAAGAGUUCCAAGUAAACCCUGCACAACAGAAGCUUGAUGAGUUUUAUUGGGUUAUGAACUGGGCUGCUGCUGUACCAAUUCAUCUUAUGGUUGAUAUGAUGGAGAGGUUCUUUUUCCCCAAGUGGCUACAGGCUUUGUAUCACUGGUUACGUUCAAAUCCCAACUUUGACGAGAUUACGAAGUGGUAUCUGGGUUGGAAGGAACUUUUUCCUAUGGAGCUUCUGGCUAAUGAAAGUAUCCGGUACCAGCUUAACCUUGGUCUUGAGAUGAUGAACAAUGCUGUCGAAGGUUUGGAGGUGGUCCAACCUGGUUUGAAAGAGAAUAUCAGCUACUUCAGGGUACUUGAGCAAAGGCAAUUUGAGGCUCAGCAGAAAGCAGCAGCACAGCAAGCUGCUGCGACCUUCAGUGGCGUGACCCAUAUGGAUGGUAUGGGUGGUGCGGUCGACAUGAGCUUGAAAGAAGUUAUUGAGGCCCAUGCCCAACAGCAUGGGUUAUCAUUUAUUCCUAAACCUGUCCGGACGCACAAUGGUCACCAAGUCUAUGGCUUUGGUAAUGUAAGCAUAAUAGUGGACUCUUUAAAUCAAAAGGUGUAUGCCCAAACGGAGGAAGCAUGGUCCCUUGUAUCCCUUCAAGAUCUGCUGGACAAGCACAAUAGUUCUCUUACAAAGAGACGCUGAGUUUCAGAGUGCCCGUGGAGAAGUUUUAUGUAGUGAAGUAACUCUGUGCUGAGGUGGAGCAGUGUUGUAGAUUCAGAACUCAAAGGGGAUUAUGUGAUGGUUCAUACUUCAAGGGAUGUUAAGGCAGGUGAAGAGAUUACUUUUGCCUAUUGUGAUGAGCUUUCGUCAUUCAACAAGUGCAAGGAGAUGUCAAAGACGUGGGGCUUUCACUGUAAUUGUAAGAGGUGCAAUUUUGAGGAAAUGUGUGCAAAGCAAUACAUAAGAGAGAUUGAGAUAGGUCUUGAAAGAUGAAUGGAUAUGAGUGGUGUCAUAAUCAGAGUGCAUCUCCACAAAAGAAUCCUGAGGCAGUGGUGGUUUGUGAGCCACAGUGGUCAAAAGCAGUAGAUGAGUUUCAAAAGAAGCAAUUUCCUAGCAUUGUUGCAAUGGUACUGAUGGGCAAGGCUGUCUGUGGUUUCCAUCCAUGUGAAUUUAGGAAAAGAGGGUCUUUGGUAGUUUGGGUUAUGUGUGACUUUUCCUUUCUCUUGAAGGAAUAUGUUUUCUACUUUUCUUGAUGUGCAGUGGGAAGAAUUCCAAAGAGGAUUUGUUUCUUCAACAUGGCACCUUGAAAGGCAGGAUUAGAGAGGGAACCACGAUUGCUGUCAUGAUAAUUUUGAAAGCAUCUGUGGCAUGCUGCUGAUUUGAUCUUCUGUUCCUCCCAAAAUAACCACACAAUUCACCCCCGCUAUAUUUUUCAAGGGCACGUUUGGUAAUUUAUUAUUAUUAUUAUUAUUUAUUUUCAAUUCAUGCCACACGAAAUACCUAAUAUAACUGAAUUCAAGCAUGAAUUCCUGCACUCAUAAUGCAAGUUUCACUAUGUUCAA